AAUCAAAUUCUCUAUUGUAAUUGAUUAUCUUUUAUCUUGAUUUGUUUCUUCCAAUUUCUCUUGUGAAUCUUGUUGAUUGAUUAAUUGUUGAUCUGUUUCUCUGUUUCUCUUUUUUUUCGUUUGUUUAGUUGGAUAAGAUUUUUGUUAUGACUCUUCCUGAAGGUAAAGAUCAAACCUCUUCUGUUGUUGCUGCAACUGCUUCUUCUCCUGUUGGUGGAGGUGGUGGUAAAAUUGAUAUUCUUUUGAAAGCCACUGGUGAUGCUCCAAUUUUAAAGAAAAGAAAAUGGCUGGUUGAGGGUGAACAGAAUAUUGGAUUUAUUUUAAAUUUUGUUAAAAAUUCUCUUAAAUUAAAUCGCAAUGAAAGCUUAUUCAUCUAUGUUAACCAAGCUUUCGCUCCUGCACCAGAUCAGAAGAUUAAAAAUCUAUACUCAUGUUUUGGUUCCGAUGGUAAACUGAUCCUUCACUAUUCAAAGACACCUGCUUGGGGUUAAUUAAAAGUUUAAUUAAUUCUUUUAUAC